GGGUGUAGCAGUGCAGUGCACAUGCGCAACGGUGUGUUGUUGUCGGCGGCGGUAAGAUGGCGGCGCUCGGGGACGCAUCAGCUCCGGGGCUGAACGGGUUAAUACAGCAAUUUACAGCCAUAACGGGAGCCACUGAAAGUGUGGGGAAACACAUGUUGGAGGCCUGCGACAACAACUUGGAAAUGGCCGUGACCAUGUUCCUGGAUGGAGGGGGGAUCGCAGAGGAGCCCAGCACCAGCUCAAGCUCAGCAGGGGCGUCCAGCAGCAGACUCCCCCUCCCAGAGGACGAGGUGCGGGCACCCAUCCCCCAGAAACAGGACAUCCUGGUGGAGCCGGAGCCGCUGUUCGGAGUGCCAAAGAGGAGGAGACCAGCGAGGUCCAUAUUCGACGGCUUCCGGGAUUUCCAGACAGAAACGAUUCGGCAGGAGCAGGAGCUGCGGAACGGCAGUGCGGUGGAUAAGAAGCUGAGCACCCUGGCCGACCUCUUCCGCCCCCCCAUCGAGCUCAUGCACAAAGGCAGCUUUGAGACGGCGAAAGACUGUGGGCAACUGGAGAACAAGUGGCUGAUGAUCAACAUUCAGAAUGUGCAGGACUUCUCCUGCCAGUGUCUCAACAGAGACGUGUGGAGCAACAACGCUGUCAGAACCAUCAUUAGAGAGCACUUCAUCUUCUGGCAGGUUUACCACGACAGUGAGGAGGGACAGAGGUAUAUCCAGUUCUACAAACUGAAUAAGUUUCCCUAUAUCUCCAUACUGGACCCCCGUACAGGCCAGAAGAUGGUGGAGUGGAACCAGCUGGACGUGGCCUCCUUCCUGGAGCAGGUGUCGGGGUUCCUGAGCGAGCACGGUCAGCUCGACGGGCUGUCCAGUCGCCCCCCGCCCGCGAAACGCGCGCGCUCCGAGAGUUUGAUUGACGCCAGCGAGGACAGCCAGCUGGAGGCGGCGAUCCGGGCGUCGCUGCAGGAGACGCACUACGAGUCGAACCCGGACCACGCCGAGUCGCGCUCGGAGGACGACUCCGAGGCCGAGCCCUUCUCCGACAGCGAGGGGCUCAUCUCCGUGGACGGGUCGGACGACGACGACGACGACGACGACGAGGGGGGGGAGGGGCCCUCCGGCGGCCACGCCCUCCCCCCACCGCGGGCCACCCCGCCCCCCCGGCCGGACAGCCCCGCCCGCCACAGGAGGUCUCCGCACAAGGAGUCCAGCCACAGGAAGGAGGAGAACAAGAAGAACCACCUGGAGCCGCCGGAGAGCUCGCCGGCCGCCACCCCGGAGCCCUUCGCCGGGUCGCGGGCCCAGAACUCCGGCCCGGCCCCCGCCGAGACCGGCGCCGACGAGCCGGCCCACCUGGACCAGCCCGACGACAACGGUCCGAAGGCCCGGUUGAUGCUUCGGUACCCAGAUGGCCAGAGGGAGCAGAUCACUAUGUCCACGCAGGCCAAGCUCAUGGCGCUGGUGAAGCACGUGCAGUCGAAAGGCUACCCCAACGAGCGCUUUGAACUGGUCACCAACUUCCCCCGACGGAAGCUGUCCCACUUGGACUAUGACAUCACGCUGCAGGAGGCGGGGCUGUGUCCACAGGAGACUGUCUUUGUGCAGGAGAGAAAUUAGGGCCUCCGUCCUCCUCCAGUCCCCCUCGCCCCUCCGCCUCUCCUUAUCUCUGACUUCGGACCUAGGAAGAACGUGCAGACCACAGCCUCUUCCGCUCCCCUCCUCCCCCCGCCCCCCCCCCCCCCCAAUCUGUGUUCUCGCAAGCCGCUGGUCUCUGUCUUAACAGGUGGCCGUCCUCAUUUCAACUGAACAUGCCGACGUACCACGUUGCCGUGAAGCGUUCAGCCGGCCUGGUUGAGGUUCUCACCGAAUGUCGAGCGAAAUCGGGGGCUUGAGCGCAGUGGGUCGGCGUACAGCUGAGCAGCUGAGGACCCCCUCCACCCCUGUGUUUCAGGGAGUUCCAACAUGUAAGGUCACAUGACAUGAAUUUCCAGGACCUUUUUUUUUUUUUUUUUAAAGCUGUUCUCAAACAACACGUUGUCAUUUUCACUUUUUUUUUCCCCUCCCCUCUCCAGUUUUGGUUACAUUUGUUAAUGACAUUGUGUCAUGAAAAGGUUUUUUUUUUUUUUUUGACUGCAGAAAGAAAGACUUUGGUGAGUGGUGCUCCGCUAAGCAUCCCAUAGGCCAGCUGUGAGUCGGUUGUCAAGGUGACAUGGGAUUGGGUGACCCCGGGUCGGAUUAGACACCAGUAACGGUGGGGCAGAUCUGUGGGGUAUCUCAGAGAUUGUGUUCUAACCUUGUGCCGCGGAGGUCUGGUGUAGAGGUGUAGUUAUAGUCAUUUGCUUUCUUUUUUUUAUAUACUGCCCCAUUUACAAAAAAAAACAAAAACAAAUUGUUGAUGCUCAAAUAUAUUCGUCAAAACAAAGGGAAUUUUGGCCUGCUUUCUUCUUCCCGAAUGUGGCUGCAUGAGUUGGGCGGAGCUUCAGCUGAUGUCACAAUGGCUGGGAGGAGUGUCAUCGAUUUAAAUCCACAUUUCUUGACAUGCUUAGGAAGGUGUGUCUUUCCACGAUGGUCUCCAUGGGCCAUUUUUGCUGAUUGAAGGAAGCAUUUGGUCAUCAUCGUCCAUCGGUCAUCUCAAGCACAGAUAAUUUGUUGACAUGGCUACCAAUU